AUGCUCCCUCGCUCUGUGGUCCAACGCCAGAACCAGUUGAGCAGACGGUGUGCCGGUCAUGUGGCGAACUUCAACAAGCGUCGCAUAAACAGGCGCUGGGAGGCCUUAGGUCGCAAUGUCACGUUCGAAGUCACUUCUGAAGCCCCGUUCUACGAGACUAUCCAGAACGACACCUGCGUGCUCAUGCCGGAGGUGACUAGCGGUCCCUAUCUCUGGCCUAGGUCUCAGAUUCUGCGCCAGGAUAUGACUGAGGACCAACUUGGCGUUCCACUGUGGCUUGAUAUCGGGGUUUUGGAUAUGGCCACCUGCGAGCCGCUUCCUAAUGCACUUGUUGACUUGUGGCACUGCAAUGCGACUGGCUCAUACUCAUCUUUCACAGAACUGUCGCCAAACACGCCCUUUCCGGAGCUCUUAGCCCAACUCAACGUAACUGACUUGGAAAUGGGCGUGACAGAUCUGCAUACGGAUGAUUCGACUUGGUUGCGUGGGAUGUGGCCGACGGAUGCGAAUGGAAUAAUGGAGAUGAAGACUGUUUUCCCUGGGUAUUAUGUCGAACGUGCGAUCCAUAUUCAUAUCCAGGUUCACACCGAAUGGUCCAUCAGGAACAACGGAACCAUCAUCGCCAGCAAUACCAGCAAUACCAGCAAUACCAUCAGUACCGGGCAGCUCUACUUUGAGGAAGAACUGGAACAGAAGAUCAUGACUUUGCCGCCUUACGCGUCCCACACUCAAAUCAAUCGCACGACCAAUGCUGCAGACUCGUUCUUUUCAGGGGGCAUGAAGGGAGGAUAUAAUCCUAUGAUCUCUGUUGUGCCUGCUGAUGGUCAAGAUGUGAGAAAUGGUGUUAUUGGCUACAUCACCGUUGGUGUUGAUACUUCUGCCAUUGAAAAUGUUGGCAAUUGA